UAGAAAAUUUCCUUUCAAACUAAAUUCAAAAUUUUGUAAUUUUUUUAAAAAAAAUCCAAAAAAAAAACGUUCCCAUAAAUGCUUUCCAAAUUCUCUGUUUUGACAAAAUUUCUCAAAUACUCUACUUUCAAACAAAAUGGGUUGAGUAGUAUAAUGACCAGACGGAGAUGUUUUACAAAAAAUCCCACAAAUCUGUUGUUAAUACCUCAAGAAAACAAUAGUAUUACAGCAAUACGUGCGUAUAAGGGUAGUAAUUUUCAAAUUUCCCGUAAUAUGGGUUCCAGUAAUAAAAAGGGAGAUGGACAACAAACAGAAAGUUCUAAUAAAACAAAGAUUUUAAUACAGAAACGAAAGAAAAAAUUCCUUCGAAGAAGAUCCAAAGUGAAAAGUUUAAAAACCUCCCAGAUGAAAUACAAAAGUUGUAAAUCUAAGAAACAACCAGAAUCAAGUAGUGAAAAAUUAUUAACUGAAAUUACCCUGCACAAUAAUGAUUUGCAAUUUAAAAAAGCUACUUUAAAAAUGGACAAUCAAGAAGUGCUCAACAACAAUCCGGGUAUUGUACAGUCUCACAUACCACCCAAAAAAGUUCAUGUCGAAUUUAUGGAAUCUCAAAACUUAAAAGAUUUUAAUCUUAACAAGGGUCCAUCUUCAGAACUCAUUAAAACAAAUAAUGCUAUAAUAGAUAUACAAAUUAAACCCAUCAGUUCCUUAAAUGAUCAAAAGUCUUCAAAUGUUAAGUCAAUAGAUAUGGACAUCAAAAAUACUAUAAGCAAUUGGGAAACUCAACAUUUAACAAAAUCCAAUCUAGAUUAUCAAAAUAAAAAUAAUUUGAAAUCUGAGGAAAAUGUUUUAAAAGCAUCAAAAACCGCUAUGGGAAUAAAAACCAACUUUGAAGAUGAAAAAAAAUUACCAACUGAAAAUAUAAAUAUUGAAAUUUCACCGCAAAAAAUUGAAAGCGUUUCAAAGAAACCUAAUUCAACAAGUUUGCAAGUUCCAAAAACUGAAGACACAGUAAAUACUAUUAAAAAUACAAUUUUACCUGAAAAGGAUUCAUUGCACAAAACAAUUUCCAACGACAACAUCUCAAGUCCAAAUAAAAGUACAGUUUUCAAAAAUAGCGAAAAUAUAAGAAUAUUAUACCAGGCCCAUCCAAAACGAAAGACCAAAAUAAAAAUUCCAAAACGCUUGAAAUCGAAUAAACUUUCAGAACAAUAUGAACAAGAUAAAACUAAAAAAGCUGUAUCAGUUGACCAACCCAAGGGCAUAUUAUUUCCCACCGAACCAGGUAUGAAAUUUGAACCAAUGAACAGUUCAACAUUGGAUAAUAAAACGAAACCAUUGCCGAAUAUUGCCACAAAUUUAUUAAAAAUCUCAACAACAACAAAAAAUAAUUUAGAUAUAGGAAAAACUGAAAUUAAAAACGAAAUAACUGAAGACCCUAAAACAAAUAAUCAACCAUCACCAAAUUCCAAAAUUAACGAUUCCAAAUCCAUAACAAAUUCUACUAAAGAAUCCACAAAACGAUCCAAUCUUCAUUGUAACAACAGAAAUGCUAUUCUUAAAACCUCAACCAAUCCAAAAUUAGAAGUCUCUAAAAAUCCAAAUACAAGUAAAGUUACUAAUAUUUCGGGUUGUAUUCAUAAGAUUACUCUUUCGGAUUAUGCUAAAGAAAAGCCCAAAAAUUUUUUAAAGAAAUCUGGUUGCCCUAAAAGUAUGUUUGGCGAAUACAUGGCUCCAGAUAAAUUGAAAGAUGUAGAGGCAACAUUUAAAUCUGUCAACACAGUUUCAAAAGGAGCUCGACCCUCACCAAAGAGUAGUAAUCAUAAAAAUCUGGGUUCAGCAACUUUAAAAACAAACAAGUUAACUAAAUCGAAAAGACUUAAUAGGGGAGGUAAUCGUGGCGGUGGUCUGGGAGGAGAUGGUGGAGAUAAAACAGCAACCAAUAAAGAAACAACAACCACAAAGAAAGCACGUCCCUCUAGAUUCUGGCGCACUGUAUCGCUUACCAUACUACCUCUAAUACUGGGACUGACAGUUUACACAAUAAGCAAUGUAGGAGCCGCGGAGAUGUUUAAACAUAUGCGUUAUGCUAGAUCUAGCGAAGAUCCAUUAUCAAUGAUAAUAUUACCAAUUUUUUAUGGUAAAAAAUCGAAAAAUGAACAAACAGAUUUAAAUGAAAUUGAGUCAAAGGAAAAUGAUGAGGAAGAAAAUUUAAAUGAUAAUGAAAAUGAAAGCGAAAAAUUACAAGAUCAUCUUAGAGAUCCCAGAUUAGAUGAGGCAUAAUUGAUUUUAUUUGAAAUUAUUUGCAUUUGGUAUAAAACAUCACAGUUUGCCAGAAUACGAUCGAUGCGUUCUAAAUUAAUCUAAAACUAAUUGUUUCGUUAAUAAAGAUCACAGUGGUUUCAUUUAUAUUUUAACAAUUA